UCCGCCAAGUUGCACGCGUAUCUCCUGCCAGGUGGCCAAACAUUUUUCUACCUACCUGCUCAUGAGAAAGCCUUUUACCAGCGGUGUAGGAGGGGACUAGUUUUCAGUUCCAGACUUCCGUUACAGAUUUCUCAAAACAAAUAUUAAGCGCUCAGAAAUUUGAAAAGUGAUUUUGAGCCUGUUACUUCAGUUCGAAAUAUGAGUAAUUCUAAUUAGUACAGAUUUUAAGAGAUGUUCCCUAUCAUGUUGGAGAGAACCUCAGCAGUACUACACAGAGGUUUCGAGAGGCCGCUUUAUCCUUUUCUUUUUAUAAGGGAGCUUACUGUGUCUGGCAGUGGCUAUCUGGUUGAUAGGCUCACUAUCGCGUUGCUUUGCUUCUAACAAUUUAGCGUUUCGAGGAAGAAUAUGAACUUCCAGAUGUGCUAGCUCUGUGCGAGCGGUCAUCUGGUCCAAUUCAUUAUUCCUGUGAAGAAAACAUGUUAUCUAUGACGAAGCUUAGGCGCAAGCUUACUCCAUUGUCCUCUUUGUCGUUAUUUUCCAUACUAGAUUGUAGUCGCCCCGACAUCAGGAGUCCUUGUCCUGGACUAUUGGUUUAUGUGAAUAACAGGUCCCCAAUUGAUGGCGUGGUUAUAGAAGCCGGGUUCAGAUGGUCUCCCAGUGGGUUUAACAACACCUUUUCUUCCUCAUUCUUGACCAUGGCAGAAUCGAUCUUGGCCCAGGUGCAGGACUCACCUCAAAUAAGUAAUGAACUAGAAAGUGCAAUUGAAGAACACAGAUUUGAUGAUGCAUGGAAGUUAUAUAAACAAAACAUGGAGAUGGAAGGAUUCCCAAGAAAAUUCAUUCUAAAUAAGCUUCUUGUUGGGUUUGCCGCGACUUGCAUGCAGUACUGGCUUGAGAAAGCUAACAGCAUCGUGGAUUUGGUUUUUGAGAAGGGUAAACAGAACCUCAUAGAUAAGCAAACUUUAUUGUACCUCUCUCUAAUGCUUGCACAACAUGGAUUGCCGAUACCUGCAUCAAGCAUUCUUAGGAGAUUGGUGGACAUGGAUGAAUCUGUACCUGUGACAGUGUGGUCUGCGAUUGUAGCCCACAUCUCAUGUAAAGCACAUGGGGCAUAUCUUGCGGCCGAGUUAGUACUUGAAAUUGGUUCUUUAUUCCAGAAUAACAGGGUGGAUCUUUGGAAAAAGAGUAAUAGACCUUUGCUUGCUAUGAAACCUAAUGCCACCAUCUUCAAUAUUGCUAUAGUAGGUUGUCUGUUAUCUGGGACUACUAGGAAGGCUGAACAAGUUCAUGAAAUGAUGCGUGGAGUAGGCAUAAAAUCUGAUGCAAUCUUACAUAUAAUUAUGGCCCAUAUUUAUGAAAGAAAUGGUCAUAGGGAAGAACUUAAGAAGCUUAAGAGGCACAUAGAUGAUUCAUGUAGCUUAGGUAAAUUACAGUUUCAGCAGUUCUAUAAUUGCUUGCUUACAUGUCACUUGAACUUUGGGGACCUAGAUUCUGCUUCCCAGAUUGUUUUGGAAUUGCUUCAGAAAGCCAAAGAAGCGCUUGGGUCUCCUGUUGUUGCAACAAAUAUACCUGAUAGCAUUCGGAGUGGUAAAUUCUCUUCUGUCGCUGAAAACUUUGAUGAAAUUUCUAAGCAUGGAAAGGCUGACCAUAUUCUCAGCAAGGCAUCAGUUGGAACUAUAGCUUUCUGUUUUGAAGAGUUCUGUAGAGAUUGCAAUUUUUCUACACUGGAGGCUGUGGCUAACCAAAUUCUUGACUCACAAUUGGGUAAGUUGCAGAUGCGAGUAGAACUGGUAACAUCUGAACGAGGAGUUCUCCGACCGACUGAAAGAAUCUAUGCCAAACUUGUCAAGGCCUUCUUAGAAGCUGGCAAGGUCAAGGAAUUGGCCGAGUUUCUGAUCAGUGCAGACAAAGAAGAUUCUCCUGCGCCUUCUGAGAAUUCUGUCGUGGUUCGUGUAAUUAAUGCAUGUAUCACGUUAGGGUGGUUGGACCAAGCAGAUGAUUUAAUCGACGAGAUGCGGUUUGCUGGGGUAAGAGUUGGUGCUUCAAGCUAUUCAUCUCUCUUAGAAGCAUACUAUAAAGAGAAUCGAACUACCGAGAUGGCAUCCCUACUGAGAGAUGCUCGUAAAGCUGGGGUUCAGCUUAAUUCCUCCUGCUAUGAGGCUCUCAUCCAGUUCUGGGACCCAAUGAGUGCUCUCAAUAUAUCCAAAGAGAUGAAAGAAACAAAGAUCUCAGAACCCAUCCUUCCAGAAUUUGAGAUGCAAGUGAGCAGUUGUGCAGAGAGCAAACAUGCGGGUUUGAUGGUAAAGCUUAUGGAAGAAAUCAAGGAGGGGCGAAGGGCUGAUUAUGAGGUCUACUAUUGGAAUGAUGUAAUUCAUUUCUUUUGCAAGAAGAGAUUAUUGCAAGAUGCAGACAAGGCUCUGAAGAAAAUGAGGGCUUUGGGACACAUGCCGAAUGCUCAGACUUUCCAUUCUCUGGUGAUGGGAUAUGCUGCUGUUGGAGGAAAAAAUAUUGAGGUGACACAACUGUGGGGUGAGAUGAAGGAACUUGCCUUUUCUUCUGGCUCAAUGAAGUUUGACCAGGAGCUGUUGGAUUCCCUACUAUAUAUAUUUGUGAGAGGUGGAUUCUUCUUGAGAGCCAAUGAAGUGGUUGAGAUGAUGGAAGCUGGGAAGAUGUUUAUUGAUAAGUACAAGUACAGGACCCUUUUCUUGAUAUACCGCAAAACAUUACACAAGAACAAGAAGACUCCAAAUUUCCAUUCAGAAGCCAGUGUCAAGAGAAGAGAAGCAGCAUUGCUCUUUAAAGAAUGGAUUGGAUUAGGAUGAUAUUCAUCGAGUUUCAGGAAUACCCCCUUUGUAGAAUUGAUCAAAUUGGAGAUAAGUGCGCCACAAUCCGGUGGUUGGGGAUCCAGGGUAUAAAAAAACUGAUCUCAGUUUGGCGAAGUCAUCAUGAAGCUAAAUGUGGAGGAGUAACGAUCGGAAGAUGAUUCCGUUGAUUGCUUCUUAGCCAAGGAUGUCUUUUACACUGUUUUUGAUGUCAGACAGAUGUUAACAUAAGAGGGGACAGAAAAUCAACAGCUUGUUUGUUGAUCAGUCUCACGACAACCUUCCAUGUAUAGAUUCUUAUAUUUGUUUAGCAGUUAUUGGUGAUUGCCAUGAAAGGGUGCAGCCAACCUUUAGA